AUGUGGAGCCCCGCCCACGCGAGCCCAGGAGGCCCCAGCAUCGGCCGCCAGGGGACCAGCAGGGCAGCUUCCGCCCCGCCCACGCGAGCCCACGUGCACCCCCAGGAGGCCCCAGCAUCGGCCGCCCGGGGGCCCCGCAGGGCAGCUUCCGCCCCGCCCACGCGAGCCCACGUGCACCCCGCCCACGCGAGCCCACGCACACCCCCAGGAGGCCCCAGCAUCCGCCGCCCGGGGGCCCAGCAGGGCAGCUUCCGCCCCGCCCACGCGAGCCCACGUGCACCCCCAGGAGGCCCCAGCAUCGGCCGCCUGGGGGCCCAGCAGGGCAGCUUCCGCCCCCGCCCACGCGAGCCCACGUGCACCCCGCCCACGCGAGCCCACGCACACCCCCAGGAGGCCCCAGCAUCGGCCGCCGGGGGCCCAGCAGGGCAGCUUCCGCCCCCGCCCACGCGAGCCCACGUGCACCCCGCCCACGCGCACCCCGCCCAUGUGGAGCCCCCGCCCACGCGAGCCCACGCGCACCCCGCCCAUGUGGAGCCCCCGCCCACGCGAGCCCACGUGCACCCCGCCUAUGUGGAGCCCCCGCCCACGCGCGCCCCGAUGGCCGGCUUCGGCCGCUCUGGUGAGAGGCAGGGUCCUGGCCGGAAGGAGAGACCUGGCCUCUGGGGACCAAAGGACGCGGCGUGGGAGAGGCGCGGCUCCCGCGUUCACCAGGCCAGCGGGGCCGGGGCCGAGGGCGGCCAGGGCUGCCCGGGGCCAGGGGCACAGCCGUCGUGGCCGCGUUCUCGGCCGCCCCGCGAGGCUGCCCAGCCGCGUGCGCCCGAGCGAGCGAGGCUCGAGCGCGUCCCCGAGCUCGCGCACGCGCGCGUGGGGGGGCCCGCGCCUCGCACCUGCGGGCGGGGCGGGGCGGGGCCGGCACAGUCCCCGCCCACCCCGGCCGAGCGCCCGCAGCCCGGGCGGAACCGAGCGGCGGGGCCCGAGCGGCCGGCGGCGCGGCGCGGCGCGGCGCAGACAAUGGGAGCGGCGCGGGCGGCGGCGGCCCGGGCGGCGGCCAGCGCCGCGCAGCCCCGGGCCCGGCGCGGACGGGAGGCCGCGCCAUGA